UGCAAUUGAAAAAAUGCAUUUUCUAUUAACAGAAAAAAUUUAUGUUGGUAAAUUUUAUAACGUAAUACAUAUAAGUUUCCGGUAUUGGUUUUGAUGAAACUACAUUUGUGUAUUAUAUAUAUACGACAUUUCAUUGGUGUGUUAAUUAAAUAGAAUAGCUGUACACAGGGAACCUCGCCCAUAGGACAAAAAUACCAUACGAAACUUGUGUAUUGGUUUUGUUUUCGUCUGCAUUAUUGUCAGGAUAAUAUUUUUUAGCAUAUCGAAGGAGAAUACGUAAACAGUUAUUUUCAGUAACUAGCUUGCUGGCCUGGUGAUGCCAGGUGUAACCCCGCAUGGGAUGGAUUAUCACCACAACUAUGGAGGAAUGAAUGGACAUGACAGAGGAUAUGGCUACGGACCAAGUACAUACAACAGCGCUCCACCCUUAUCCACUUAUCGUGAAUCUGAGUUCGGUUUAUCUGUAAGAAAUGGAUACGGAGGACCAGAAAUAGAUCAACACAGUAUGGAUAGAUUUGAUAACACAAGGGACAUGGAACCCACAUUUGAGCUAGAUCACUUAGCUACAUAUUCUUCAAAAUCAGGUGUGAUGAAACCUGAGGAUGGAUUACGCAAGUUACGUGGAAUGGAAAGUACCACUGGCAUCUGGACAAUGAGAUGUGUUAUGAUCAUAGAACGCAAAAAUUUAAUCGUAAUCGACAAAGGAAAUGGGGAGGAAUUGGAAAGAUUUCCAUUAGAACUUGUACAUGAACCAACAGCAAUAUUCAAAGAAGAUAAAAGAGAAGUGUACACAAACUUAAUAAUGUUUACAAUGUUAGAAAAUCCAGGGAAAUAUAGCAGUAGAUGUGAUAUGCACAUAUUCCAAAGUAUAAAUGCUCCGGCACAAGAUAUUGUAGAUGAACUCCUAGCAGCCAAAGAAGGUCGUCCCAAAUUAUUUCAAAGCAGUAUACCUCCACCUCCAAUGGGACCAGCACCAGACCCACCAGGAGGUCGUUGGCUUGGUGGAAACAAAGAACCAAAGUCACAUUUCAGUUACAGUACUGACGCACAAGAACCAGAACAUCCAAUUGUAGGGAAGCGUGAGAAACAUAUAAAAUUGCCCGCAGAAAAACAUGUUAUUUCUGAAAGAAUAGUCCCUGGUGGCAAGCAUCAACCAAUUCAGAUAAUUAGAACUCCCGUUGAAGAGCAUUACACUAAGGAAAAAUAUAUUCCUCUUGGUCUAGAGACCAGAGAAAAAAUGCCCACUCCUCCUACAAAUAGACGAUUUGCACGCGAGUUGUUUGUUCCAGAAGAGAGGAGGCAAAGAAAUGCUUUGUUAUCUGUGCCUUCUGUUAAUGAAUCUAGAUCUAUGGGCCAUGAACAUUAUGUACCUUUAGAAGAAAUGCAACAGAAGAUCAAAAUUCCACCUGUUCAAGAACAUUUUACUCGUGAAAGGUACAUACCUUUAGGGGAAAAUCAUUCAAGAAGGGCAAGUCCUCAUGUCAAGGAGCAUUUUGUAGAAAGACGUUAUGUCCCCAGUGGGACAGAGAGACGUUCCAGUUUAGGUGACCAGUCAUAUGGUAGCACCAGUGGAUUUUCUACAUCUGCUAUUGAGGAAGAAGAAUUUGAUGUUCCAGAAAAGUAUCUGUCCCUGACAAGUAGACGAGGCUCAGGCUCUAGUAAUCGCAACAGAAGCAGCAGUGUAGAUAGGUAUACAUUGCCAAAUAGUCAUAGUUCUAGUGUGAUGUCAGAUGGAUAUGCCGUCCCUUAUGAUCCUAGAAAUUCAGAUAAACAUAAUUUUGCAUCAAGAGAGAGAAGAAGCUCCACCGGAGGGUUAGAAAUACCACCAGCAUUUACAAUGCCAAGAAGUAGACUAUCAACCAGCAGUGCUAAUACAUAUGAAAUACCUUUGCAAGUAGAACGAAGUAUGCCAUAUAGAAGUGGAAGUGCACAUGAUAUUCUGUCUGCUGUAAGAAGGGAGGGAGAUUAUUUCCCAGACAGCAGUAUUUCUUCUGGAAGUGGAAGAGGAAAAUGGAAGUUUGGAGAUAGAAGGCAACAAUUUUCUUCUUCAAAUCAGGGAUCUUCUAGUGGUUAUUCUUCAAUGGAACCUUCAGUCCAUUAUGGUACAAUGCCAAACACAGGGGCCAAAUCUAAACAAAGUUCACGAUACCAAUUCAAAACAACAACAUUACGUGAUGAAGGUCAAAAAUCAAAUGCUAGUAGCAAUGGUUUACGAAAUGAAGGAUUCCGAGUAAUUCCUAGUUCGGAAGGGUUUAGACCUCCAAGUGAAGGCUUUAGAACAGAACCUUUUAGAUCACAGAAUGAGGGUCCUAGAGGAGAUAUGUAUUCUCUUCCCAUGCGUGACAAGGACUCUGUCAACAGUGAUCGAAGGGGAGGUAACUAUGGUCAAUCACAAUACAGAGCAUCAUACACUGAACCUCCUGGUGGACAAAAUGAAAGUUUAGAAAGGGAUGUGCAAAUUUUAAACUCUUGUUUUGAUGACAUUGAAAAAUUUGUCGCCAGACUUCAACAAGCUGCUGAGGCAUACAAAGAAUUAGAAAAUCGUAAACGUGAACGACAGUCACAUAAAAAGAAAAACGACAGAGCCCCACCACCAAGAGAUGGCAUGUUGAACAUGAGGGCCAGACCUCCACCUGGUGAUGACUUCAUAGAUAUCUUCCAAAAAAUCAAAUGUGCUUUUAAUUUACUGUCAAAAUUAAAGGCACAUAUUCAUGAUCCCAAUGCUCCUGAACUGGUACACUUUAUCUUCACACCUCUUAGUCUGAUAUAUGAAGCCAGCAGGGACCCAGUACAUGUUGGAAUAGACCUUGCCUCCAAAGCAGUGGCUCCAUUGUUGACAAGGGAAGCCAAAGAGCUGUUAUUGAACUGUUUAACCUCUAAAGAGUUAGAGUUAUGGCAGCUGUUAGGCAGAAAUUGGACCACAUCAGAAGAUGAGAUGCAAAGCACUCAACGCAAUCUAUUCAAACCUACAAUUGACAAAAGUCAGUUGGAACAGUCCCUAGCCAAUCAUAAACAUCAGAUAGAAGAAAACACACGAGCUGAAGAAGCUAGAUUUCAGUCCCAGCAGAUGAUAAGACAGUUACCUACACCAAGAGAAGAACCAAGAGAUGAUUAUAGAGCUACAAAAGUUGAUGAUUUUAGAGCUACAAGAGGAGAUAAUUAUGGAUCUACAAAUUAUGGCAGAACACAACCUGAAGAACCUUCUUACAGUCGAACUCGACGGGAAGAGGAACCAAGCUACCACACUGGACCUAUUGGAGCUUCUUCAAGGAUUGGCCAAUCAUUCAGACCAGAAGAAGAUGACCAUUAUAGACGAGAACCAAUGUACGAUAGGAAACAUCCCUCUACCCCACCUCCUGGUGCAGUCACUAACCCCAAUGUAGCCAAGUACCAAGAAUAUGUUGAAAAACACAUAGAUAGAAACCAAGAUGUAAAUAGAUAUUCUGGUGGUAAUAAGUCUAGAGGACAGGAAAAUCAGGAAUAUAAAGAAGAAUUAAGGAGGAAAAAUGCAAAAAUAUACGAAGCUGUUCAUGAAAGAACAGGUAGAAAUCAAAAGGAAAUAACAGUAGAAAAAGGAGAUAUUUUAGAGGUAUUAGACGAUAGUAGAAAUUGGUGGAGGUUACGAAACUACAAAGGUGAUUCUGGAUACGCCCCUUAUACAAUUCUACGAGAUGCUGGGGAUGAUCGUAACGAUAUUGAUCGGAAUGUGAGAGAUACUCUAAUGGAUAUGACUUAUUUGAAUGGUGGUGGAAGAGGAUCCAUUGGUGGAUAUAGUGGAAACAUUAACCAAUCAAAUCACAUCCCUGUUGCACCUCCACCGCCACGCAAAGAUGAAGAGGAGUUUGUACGUGAAAUAAAACCAUCCCGCCAUCAAAGAAAUGACAGUGAUGGACGAAGUGAUGGAAGUGACUGUAAUCGUAAAGGCAGACGACAGGACAAAAGAUCAAGUUCUAGUGAUCCCUAUGGUAGCCGUGAUGACACGCCUGAUAGUAGUGAUGCGGAUAAUUUUUCAGGUAGUUAUGAUGGAAGCAUUGAGGACAGAGUUGAAGGACGUCGAUCAAAUAAUAGAAGGAAUGAACGUGAAACAGGUUUUAAACCUGCAUUAAAAAAUAGGAAUAGUGGUGAAUUAAAACGUGCUGGCGAAUCCAGAGGGUAUCAAAAUCGCAGUUUUGAAGAAGAAUCAAAUCGCCACAGAACUCGAACUCCGCCUCCACCACCAUCAUUCGUCCCGCCGCCUCCGCCAGAAAAUAGACCACCAUCGGCUAGCAAAAAGUAUAAUCCACCAGGUCAAGCAAACAAACGACAACAAGACCAGUUACACAAUGAACUGUCCCAAAGAUUAGCAGGAAAGCCAUCCGUCAAGAGUAAACCUCAAAAUCCGAAUGUGUAUCUGUCUACAAAGUCAUCAGCAAAAGAAGUCGUUGAAUGGUUAUAUUCAAAAUCUUUUUCUCAGAAAUGCAUUGAUGUGUUAAGAGGAUAUAAUGGCCAUGAUUUACUUAGGAUGAAGAUGAAGGAUCUGGAAAGGUUGAUUAAUCAUGAUGAAGCACAAAGAUUGGAUGGUCAUCUAACACUUCAGAAAAAUAUGUCAGGAUAUAAAACACAGGGUCCAAAAGAACUCCAAGCAAUAUUACAGCAAAGGAAACAAAAGGCAGACACACAUGAUGAUGAUGUUGGUCGACCGCCUAGUUUCGCUCCAGAAUCACCUGAUUAUUCUGAUGAUAAUUCCGAAGUCCAAGGAAUUACAGAUGAUUUAGACACUAUGCUUAGCAAUUAUUAAAUGCCUCUGAAGAAGACUUUGGUAAUGCUGGUAAAACAUUGAGAGCUCUUCUACAACAUCAGCGAAAGAAGAUAACCAGCCACAGAUAUGAACAAUAACAUUUUGAUAAUAUCCUUAGUCUUAUAAUUUAAGGUUAAUCUAAAGGGUGCACGAUAGUAUAUUUCAUAUUUAUGAUAUUUAAUCAAUAUCAUGUUAUUUUCAACAAUUUACUCAAGUAUAGGACACAGGACAUUUUUACAAGCUUUACAGGUUGUGAAAAUUGUAUGAUUCUGUUAAGAUUUUAUAUAUAUAUAUAUAUAUAUCAUGUUGUAUGUAAAUAGAACUUAACUAGCAGAUAGAAUGUCAUUAUAAAAAUAUUAGAAGAAAGUUCUUAUAUAAUGGACUUAUAGAAGAAAGACAAAUGGGGUCACUGUUCUUGUUUUCUUGUUACAAAACAAAAAGGAUUUAUUUUUACCACAUCCCAGCAAAGAAUUGAAUUAUUUGAGAUAUGUUCCAUUAAAUGAAUUUCUUUUUUAUCCGAACUCAAAAUUAUUGUGUUUUUGUAAAAAAUAGUCUUAAUUUUAGAAUAAAACAAACAAUUUUCAUUAGUUACAUUGAAAGUCUAACAAAUUACUUAUAUUUCUGUCUAUAAUUUGUAAGAUUGAUUUGAACUAUCUGUUUCUGCUAUUUUACAAUCCAAGAUACAGGAGACCUAGAUCAACUUUUACCAGGGAACAAAAAAAAGAAUUGUUAAAACUAUUAAUCUUCUUCUGAUUCAUAUUAUUGUAAAGGAAAGUCAUGUAGAAAUCAGGAAUAUCGCCUAUGUGAGAUGGUUUGAGUCAAGUUAUAGUGUUUAUGAUUAUCAUAAAGGUCCGUGGUUCAUGUUCCAGAUAUAUAACAAACUUGUAUCCUUACCUGUUAAGAGUUUUACAAGUCCAUUUUUUGUUAAAUUAAUUUUGAUAACAUAUUAUAUUGUAACAUAACACUUGAAUAUCGUCUAAUUUUAUUUGUAUCUUCUCAUUGAAAUACCUUUAAUAUCUUCACUUUUUAAAACAAAAAUCUUAUAUUUUUGAUUCACAGCUUAUUAUGUAUACAUUUGCCCGGUUUUGUCUUAUAUAACAACUAUCUUUACUCUGCAGGCAGAGUUGAAUAAGAUCAUGAUGUUGAUAAGAAAUGAGUAUAAACUUUAUAUAUGUGGUCAUACAAAAUUACCAAAGGAGCUUGCACAUAAAAUAUGAAGAGUGAAAAGAUAUUUUCAGUUUCAAAUUGAGAAUGUUUUAUUCUAAAAAAACAAUAACAACAUUGUACUUGAUUUGUAUACACAGCAUAAGCCAAAUCUUGCCAUUUAUAAAAGUGCAAUUCUUUAACUUGUUCAUUGUUUUUAUAUUUGAAAUAUUGCAUUUUGAUUGGUAUGUAAGCAGUUGGUGAUACAAAUUUUGAAAUAUACUGUUUAACAUCAGUUAACUAGUUAUAAAUCUGUUUCAUCAUUUCACACUUUUGAAGAGAAUUAUAUGCUUUGGUAAUACUUUCUAUGAAUAUUGUUUUUUGCAAUUUUUUGGAAUGAUAAAUUAUAACCUUUCUUUUCAAUUAUAUAUAUGACUGCUUGAAAUUUUCUUCUUUUAUUCUUAUACCAAAGUUAUAUAUCUAUUUAUUUCGUGACUAUGCAAAAGAUGAAACAUUAUUUGAUGAAACAUUAUUUAUUAUAUCUAAAUUGGAUUUGUGAUUAAUGGUAUCGAAGCAAAAUUUAGAUUUUUAAAAAUAGAAACUGUACAUUUAUGUCAUUUUCAUAUUUGAAUAUCAAUAUCUUAUAUUCCAAGAAGGCAGUUGUUUUGUUGCAAUUGAAUAUUUGAAAUAUAUGCAUCAUAAACCUGUACAUAUUUAAACAACUAUAAUCAUCAUUUUAUUCAAAAUCAUUUAAAAUCAUACAGGAAUGUUUCAAUACAUCAAAUGAAAGUCCCACCUAGGUCAAAAGUAUAUAUUCGUUCUGUCAAUAAACAGUUGUUUUUAUAUAUUUUGCAUAGUUUUUGUGUAACAAUAUACAGUGUAUUUAGACUAUCGAUAUGUAGCAACUCAAUUGGUUAGUGGUCUGGGAAUACUAGCUUUGUAUACAGAUAACAUAUCCCUUUUUAAGAAGUAUAUGUGUCGACUAAUAUAAAGCUUUAUUAGGUUGUGAUUUGUUCAGAAAAUCAAAAUAUAUUUACUUGCUGUUUGGUUUAGUUUUAUAUUAAGUAUAUAAGUCUGAUAAUUAAUCCGAGUGCAAUAAUUAGUUGAAUGCCAAACAAUAUCAACCUAUGUGCCAUGAUUGUUACGUAAAAAGCAUUUAAUAAAAUGUUAGUUUUUAUUA